AUGAGCAAACUCCUCGUGGUAUUCGGGGCCACAGGUAACCAGGGCGGGUCGGUCAUCAACUCGGUCCUCGACGAUGCGACUCUUCGCCAGGAAUACAAAAUCCGAGCAGUAACCCGCGACGCAUCCACGGCGGCAGCACAGCAUCUCCUGCAAAAGGACAUCGAGGUCGUCACAGGCAACGCCGACGACACACCAUCGGUCGAGAAAGCCCUCCAAGGCGCACACACAGUAUACUUUCUCACCGCCACCAUCUACGACAGCAUGCUGCAAGAGCGAGAGAUUUCGCAGGGUCGGCGUAUCGCCGAUGCCGCCGUGGCCGUGGGCGCAAAGUAUCUCAUCUUCAGCACGCUGCCCUCCAUCAAGGAGAACUCGGGCGGCAGGUAUAACAAGGGAGGGCAUUUCGACUGCAAAACCCAGGUCGAGAAAUACAUACGGACACUGCCGGUCAAGAGCGCCUUCUUCGCGCCGGGCUCCUUCAUGCAGAAUUUCGCAACAAACCUGCGGCCCAACGCCACCGACGAUGGCACCUACGUGCUCGCCACCGUUGCUUCUCCCGCCACAAAGUUGCCGCUCAUAGACAUCACCGAGACGGGCAAGUACGUCUCUGCGAUCUUGGCGAACCCGGACGCGUUUCAAGGCAAAACUCUCUGUGCGGCCACGGGGCUGUACACAAUGGAGGAAAUCGUGGGCAUCAUUAGCAGGAGUACCGGCAAGACUGUUGCUUACAGGCAGCUGCCGGAAGACGCGUUUCGGAAGUUCUUGCCUCCAGCCAUGGGGGAUUACAUUGUGCAUAUGCUGUUGUAUAUACAGGACUUUGGAUACUACGGCGAGAAUACGGAGGAGCUGGUGGCUUGGGCGGCGGGCCAGGCUCGGGGGAAGCUGCACAGUUUGGAGGACUACCUCGCGGAAAACCCGUUGGAGCUGAACUAG